AUGGCGGCGGGGCGGGGCUGGUCCGGCAUGGCGGCGCCGGCGGCGCUGCGGCGGUGGUGGAUGUUGGCGCUGGGCGGCCGGACGAGCCGCUGCUCCGCUCCACCGUGCCCAGGCCGAGCGCUGCCGAGGCCCCCGGGAGGCCCUGCCCGCCCCGCUGGCUCCCUGCUGCGCUGGGCGUCGUCCUUCUCCCAGCCGGGCCCGACGGAGAGCGGCCCCAGCGAAGGACAGAUCUUCCUCAGCGAGAGCUGCGUGAAGAGGCUGCUGGAGAUUGCAGGAGGAUCAGAGUUUCUCAGGCUGCAGGUUGAAGGAGGUGGCUGCUCUGGCUUCCAGUACAAAUUUUCCUUGGACACAGUUAUCAAUCCCGAUGACAGGGUGUUUGAACAAGGUGGUGCCCGUGUGGUUGUGGAUGUGGACAGCCUGGCCUUUGUGAAAGGAUCCAUGGUGGAUUUCAGCCAAGAGCUGAUCCGAAGCUCCUUCCAGGUGGUGAGCAACCCCCAAGCAGAGAAGGGUUGCUCAUGUGGAACUUCCUUCUCUAUCAAAAUCUGACUGGACUUACCAUGGAUAGACACUGUUUGCAGACACUUUUGGCAGAGGGUUUAUGUUUGUUCUUUUCUCUGCUGCUCCCUCUCCCUUACCCUGUGACACAGCUGUUACAGAAUACUGCAGCUGUGUGUGUGUUUGCACUGAGCCUGUCUCCAAGACUUACUGGCCUUCCCUUCAGAAACGAUGAAGUAACCAUGAGCACGCACACAGGAGCAUCUUCAGCACCUUGUGAACCACUGGCCAGGUGGUGCUGACUGGCCUGCCCUGUCCUGAUUGUGGAACUACUUAACUGUCUCUGCAAGAGAAGGCUGUAUAUAUAUCUGUGUGUGUGUUUAUUGAAAGGUCUUACUAAAAAAAGUCUGUGAGGUUGA